AUGCGGCGCCUCCGGUGUGCAGGUAACGCGCUGCUGGUGAGCGUGGCGCUGGCGGACCUGCUGGUGACGGGCCUGGUGAUGCCCGCGUCGUCGGUGGUGAUCCUGGCGGGGCUGCCCGACGCGCCGGCCGUGUGCCGGCUGCAGUGGGCCGUGGCGGCGCUGAGCUGCCUGGUGACGGUGCUGUCGCUGGCGGCGGCCGCGUGCGAGAACAACGCGCGCCUCUGCCUGCCGCGCGAGCGCCACGCGCGCCUGUGCACGCGCGCGCGCGUCACGGCCGCCGUGCUGUCCAUCUGGGCGGCGGCGGUGGGCGCGGUCGCGCUGCAGACGGCGCUGGACGCGGCGCCGCUCUACUGCCGGCCGCCGCGGCCCGGCCCGCGCCCGCCGGGGCCCGGCGCGCUGCCCUACCACGUGGCCUGCGGCGCGCUGCUGCUGCUGCUCGCCUUCGCGUGGCACGCGCGCACCGCCCUGCGCGUGCGCGCGCUGCGCUCGCGGCCCAGCUUCAAGCCCGCCGUCACCUUCGCCUGGGACUACGCGCUCGCCAAGACGAACGCCUACUCGGCGGCGCUGUUCGUCGUCUUCUGGGCGCCGUUCGGCGUCGCGCUGGUGGUGUCGGCGGCGCGCGGCGGCCGCGGCGUGCCCGCGCGGCUCGUCUACAACCUGGCGUGGUUCGCGCUCAGCAAGUCCUGCGUCAACAGCCUGCUCUACUGCUGCACCAACCGUCACUUCCGCAACGCCUACGUCAACCUGUUCCACUACUGCUGCUGCAAGACGACCGUGUCGUUCUCCCGCCGCCAGAGGGCGGCCGGCGCGGCCGUCGUGGGCGGCGCGCUCGGGGACGCGGCGCGGCCGUCCGGCGACGUGCGGGUGCACAUCAUCCCCGGCUACAACAUGUACUCCUACACGAGCCCGCAGCGCGCCCGCGAGCUCUGCAAGACCGCUUCCGGCAUCAAGCGCUCGGCGGGCUCCUGUCGGCCGGGGGGCAGCGGCGCAGGACGCACCAACGGCCGCGACGUCUACGAGCUCUGA